UCGCUGCUCUCUAGUCUCUCUGGUUACGUUCGUCCGCAGGCCGGGCCAGCGCCUUCACCUCGGCCUCAGCCAUGGGAGUCCCGGCCUUCUUUCGCUGGCUCAGCCGCAAGUACCCGUCCAUCAUUGUCAACUGCGUGGAAGAGAAGCCAAAAGAAUGCAAUGGUGUAAAGAUUCCUGUUGAUGCCAGUAAACCUAAUCCAAAUGAUGUGGAGUUUGACAAUCUGUAUUUGGAUAUGAAUGGAAUCAUCCAUCCCUGUACUCAUCCUGAAGACAAACCAGCACCAAAAAAUGAGGAUGAGAUGAUGGUUGCAAUUUUUGAGUACAUCGACAGACUUUUCAAUAUUGUAAGACCAAGGCGACUUCUGUACAUGGCAAUAGAUGGAGUGGCACCACGUGCUAAAAUGAAUCAGCAGCGUUCGAGGAGGUUCAGAGCAUCUAAAGAAGGAAUGGAAGCCGCAGUAGAGAAGCAACGAGUCAGGGAAGAGAUAUUGGCAAAAGGUGGUUAUCUUCCUCCAGAAGAAAUAAAAGAAAGAUUUGAUAGCAACUGUAUUACACCAGGAACUGAGUUCAUGGACAAUCUUGCUAAAUGCCUUCGCUAUUACAUAGCUGAUCGUUUAAAUAAUGACCCUGGGUGGAAAAAUUUGACAGUUAUUUUAUCUGAUGCUAGUGCUCCUGGAGAAGGAGAACAUAAAAUCAUGGAUUACAUUAGAAGACAAAGAGCUCAACCUAACCAUGAUCCAAACACUCAUCAUUGUUUAUGUGGAGCAGAUGCUGAUCUCAUUAUGCUCGGCCUUGCUACACACGAACCCAACUUUACCAUUAUUAGAGAAGAAUUCAAACCAAACAAACCCAAACCAUGUGGUCUUUGUAAUCAGUUUGGACAUGAGGUCAAGGACUGUGAAGGUUUGCCAAGAGAAAAGAAGGGAAAGCAUGAUGAACUUGCAGACAGUCUUCCUUGUGCUGAAGGAGAAUUCAUCUUCCUUCGUCUUAAUGUUCUCCGCGAGUAUUUGGAAAGAGAGCUCACCAUGGCUAGCCUGCCAUUCACAUUUGAUAUUGAGAGGAGCAUUGAUGAUUGGGUCUUCAUGUGCUUCUUUGUGGGAAAUGACUUCCUUCCUCACCUGCCUUCAUUAGAGAUUAGGGAAGGUGCAAUUGACCGUUUGGUUAACAUAUACAAAAAUGUGGUACACAAAACCGGGGACAGUUUUAGAAGACGACAGAAAGAAAAAAGAAAGCGAAUGAAGAGAGAUCAGCCAGCUUUCACUCCUGGUGGAAUAUUAACCCCUCAUGCUUUGGGUUUAAGAAAUUCACCCAGUUCUCAAGUAGCCAGUAAUCCAAGACAAGCAGCCUAUGAAAUGAGGAUGCAGAAUAACUCUAGUCCUUCAGUGUCUCCUAAUACAAGUUUCACUUCUGAUGGCUCCCCGUCACCAAUAGGAGGAAUCAAACGAAAAGCAGAAGACAGUGACAGUGAACCUGAGCCAGAGGAUAACGUCAGGCUAUGGGAAGCUGGUUGGAAGCAGCGGUACUACAAGAACAAAUUUGAUGUUGAUGCAGCUGAUGAGAAAUUCCGCCGUAAAGUUGUACAGUCUUACGUUGAAGGGCUCUGCUGGGUUCUUCGAUAUUAUUACCAGGGCUGUGCUUCCUGGAAGUGGUAUUAUCCAUUCCAUUAUGCACCAUUUGCUUCAGACUUUGAAGGUAUUGCAGACAUGCCUUCUGAUUUUGAGAAGGGUACUAAACCGUUUAAACCAUUGGAACAACUUAUGGGCGUUUUUCCAGCUGCAAGUGGUAAUUUUCUACCUCCAUCUUGGCGAAAGCUCAUGAGUGAUCCUGAUUCUAGUAUAAUUGAUUUCUACCCUGAAGAUUUUGCUAUUGAUUUGAAUGGAAAGAAAUAUGCAUGGCAAGGGGUAGCCUUGUUGCCAUUUGUGGAUGAACGAAGACUGCGAGCUGCUCUAGAGGAGGUUUAUCCAGAUCUCACUCCAGAAGAGACUAGAAGAAAUAGUCUUGGAGGUGAUGUUUUAUUUGUGGGGAAACAUCAUCCACUCCAUGACUUCAUUUUAGAACUGUACCAGACAGGUUCCACAGAGCCAGUGGAUGUACCACCUGAACUAUGCCAUGGAAUUCAAGGAAAGUUUUCAUUGGAUGAAGUAGCCAUUCUUCCAGAUCAAAUUGUAUGUUCUCCUGUUCCCAUGUUAAGGGAUCUGACACAGAAUGCUGCAAUCAGUAUUAAUUUUAAAGACCCACAGUUUGCCGAAGAUUACAUUUUUAAAGCUGUAAUGCUUCCAGGAGCAAGAAAACCAGCGCCAGUACUGAAACCUAGUGACUGGGAGAAAUCCAGCAAUGGACGGCAGUGGAAGCCCCAACUUGGCUUUAAUCGGGAUCGGCGACCUGUCCACCUAGACCAGGCAGCGUUCAGGACUUUGGGCCAUGUUAUACCAAGAGGCUCAGGAACUGGCGUUUACAGCAAUGCUGCUCCACCACCUGCAGCUUAUCAGGGAAACUUAUACAGGCCGCUUCUAAGAGGACAAGCCCAGAUUCCAAAACUUAUGUCAAAUAUGCGGCCCCAGGAUUCCUGGCGAGGUCCUCCUCCCCUUUUCCAGCAGCAAAGAUUUGACAGAGGCAUUGGAGCUGAACCUCUGCUGCCUUGGAACCGGAUGCUCCAAAGUCAAAAUGCAGCCUUCCAGCCAAAUCAGUACCAGAUGCUAGCCGGGCCCGGCGGGUAUCCACCCAGACGCGAUGAUCGUGGAGGGAGACAGGGAUAUCCCAGAGAAGGAAGGAAAUACCCUUUGCCACCACCCUCAGGAAGAUACAGUUGGAAUUAGGCUUUUGUAAAGCUUUCCCAAAUCCUUGCAUUGUUUGUUCUACAAUUUUAUGCUAUUUGUGGAAAGAUUUUUUUUCUCAAGUAGUAGUUUUUAAUAAAACUACAGUACUUUGUGUAUUUCUUUGAAUUGUGUAUAUUUUUACUGAUCUGAUCUCACUGUUUUAUGUUGCUUUCCAAAGAUGUGUGUUGCAUAAUACAGUGGAUCUGAAUUUAUUAUUGCUGUAAAACACAUUUGAUGGAAUAGGAAAACUGGUAUUUCAUUAUGGUUAAAAAUCAUACCAGCUGUGGAUUUCAAAACACAGUGUAUUCUAGAUCAUCUAAGAUCCAUGCUGAUUUUUAAUGCACAAGAAUUAGGUAUGAACUCUGGAGCUGGAACACUGAGCCAGCAAGAGUAUAUAUUGUUCAGUAUUUCUUUGAAAACAUUUCAUUAAUGUACUUGUCUUAUGGAAAUUUCUGAACUUUAGUAAAAAAAAAAAAAAA